GCCACACUGAUGUAGUCAGUUCUCAUUGGUUGUAGGAGAACUGAUAUCAUCCCCUUCAAGACACGACGCUUGUGAUGUGUUUGUUGCUUCCGUCAUAUUUUAUUUCUUCAAGUUUGUGAAAUAAUUCAAUUCGCAUACGCUACUAUUCGCGUUUAGCAUCACUUCAAAUAUAAGGAUAAUCUACAACUGACAUUGAUAUCUUGUUUUGGUGAGGUCUUACAAAAUACACUGAAGAUAUUGUUUCUAAUUUCUAUAUUGGACGGAUCGUAAUUUAAACAAUUAGAAUUAACUAUUGAUCCGGAAAUUAAUGCAAUGACGGAUAAAAUGAAGAAAAAAGAUCUAGAUAAUAUAUUAAAAGAUGGAUUUUCUUUGAAAAGAAUAGGAGGAUGCCAGAUACCAUUUAUAUUGCGUUCAGUUAAUGGUAAACCUGUAAAAUUUGUAGCUACUCGGAUGGCUGAAUAUGAACUACUUAAUAAUUAUUUACGUGAUAUACAAUCUUAUAUUUAUACUACAUGCACACCAGUGAGAGCUUAUGUGAUCACUGUUUCGGAGGCGAAGAUAUUAAAUUACAUAAACAAAAUAUAUUAUGAAAAAGGGAAAGAUUUCCAAUAUUUUGCAGGAAUAGAUUACAUCGUUCGUUUGGAAGAUAUUCAUAACUUUUAUUUAUUCAUACACAUAUGUGAUAAAAAAUUAAAGUGCAACAAUACUUCGGGUUACAAAGAAAAAUGUGGUUUUGUGCGUUGUAACUCUGACCCUAACUUCUGUAUACCAUAUUGUACUCAAAAUGGUCAAAAAUAUUUGCCUAUAUUCUACUUUGAGGGAGAUACAGAAAGUCUUAUACAACGAGCUGUAAAAUUAGAAAAUUGGAAUUUGGCCUAUCUCAAGUUUUGUUGUAAACUGUAUGGUGUUAAAGCUGAGUAUUAUGCUGGUGAUUCUUGCUUAGUGGUCAGCAUUGAUGAUAUCAAACAUUUGUAUCCACCAGAAACACAUUUUGAUGAAUUUUGGCCAGCUGAAUUUGCUAAUUCAGAGCUCACAAUAGGUAAAAGCUUUCUCCAGACCAAUCCACCAGGUUCCUGGUUUAGAGUAUUCCGUAAAGUAGUACCUGAUGAUCACACUUCAACUGCACCAGGACCAAUGAUGGAGGACCAUAUGGAUCAACUACAGAAACAACAACAACAACAACAACAAAAAUUAACUAUUCCACAAACUCAAGCACAAAAUAAUUAUUCAAAUAAUGCUCCGUACAAGAUCAAAAUGGUAAAACUCGAUGGGAAAACUAUCCACUGCAUAAAUGCCAAACCCAGCAUUUAUUCGGAUUGGAUGGUGACCUUAAAGGAUCUUGUUCGGAUGGUGUUGCCUUCGUGCAAUGUUGCAAAAUGCGCUCACGUCCUGCACACAUACUUAAAAACAACAAUAUUAUUUGGGAACUCUGAACAGUUGGCUGUGUUGAGAGACAUUGGACUCAUAAGGUCAAUGAACCCCGGAGAUACACCGAUGGCCAUGUUGAAGGAUGUCACGCUAUUGUUACCACAGUUAAAAACAUUUGUGUUAAUGCAAGAUAAAAAAUUAAAUACCAAUACCAAUCUGCAGGUGGACAACCUUUCAAGUGACAACAUAUCAGCCUGGAAUUUGUCGGGCACAAUCCAGCCGACUAUCCAAAGCCAUGUUGACUUGUAAAAUUAAAAACAAAAAAUAAAAUGGGAUAAAUUAACUAAAUUAAUGUUGUUUUAUUUUGCGUUUAAAAAGAAGUAGAAAUCAUUUUAUAAGAUAAAAAAGUUUAGCAUAAACCCACAUUAUAUUGUUAUAAAUUGAUUAUAAUAAUUAACAUACACGCUUAAUUAUUUGGGAAAUCUGUACAAAGAUUGUAAUAGGCUAGUGUUGGUAGCAUAAAAUAUAAAUUUGCAUUUGAUUG